AUGAGCAGCACGACUCAGAACGAAGACCUGCGCGAUGCUCUGAGGAGUGAGCAUUAUACGCUUAUGUCCCUUGAGGAACUAGAGUGUCUAUUGCCUUCUCACCAAAGUGACCCAAUUUCGACAGGAGUUUUACCCGAUGGGAGAUAUUUUGCGCCACGCUACCUCAAUCAAUACUUCUGUGUUUUUGACAAUCGAAACGCCUACAUCCUCUAUUUUGUGGAGCAUUAUUUCUCUCACACCAAUAUUGGGAGAAGUGGAGCCAUCCAUGCCUUAAUGGACAUGUACAAUUCAGUUCCACUUGAUUUGGUUGUCAUGGCAAAUCGUCUGGCAUCGGUGCAUGUGACCCAAGAUGAGUUACGCGUCGUUAUAACAUUAUUCAGUCAUGAUUUGAUGAUUGUAAACGACGUCUUAGGACGGAGCUACAUUAAACGCAGGGAUAAUUAUUGGCUCUUGGCCUCCUGUUGCCUGAAUGUGACCAAGUUGGCCAAUGAGUUCUGGACUCAGCAGCCAAGAAUCCAUUCGUGGACUCGUGGCACUGAAACCAAAAAAUCGAACCCCAGAAAAGAAAAACACGAGGGCGUGGGUUUCAGCACUGAGGUUAAAAGUAAAGAAGCCGAAUUGGCUUAA